GUGCUGACACACAGAAGAGUAUACUUCUCUUAGUGAACUACAGAGAUUUUUAAUUUUUACAAUGGACUUAUUCAACUCAGCUCUCGGGAAGAACAUCACAUUUAGGCAUCCUGAUUAUUUCAUCAUAACUGGUUUUUCUGGCAUCCCAAAUGUGAAACAUUACUUUGUCUUUCUGCUUUUUGUCUAUGUUGUUUCAGUGGUGGGAAACACAGCGGUAAUGGUUGUAAUAUUCUUGGAUCACAACCUGAGAGGUCCAAAAUAUAUAGCAGUUUUCAACCUGGCAUUUGUGGACCUGUUUGGUAAUUCUGCCCUGGUGCCAAAGGUCCUUGACAUCUUCCUGUUCAACCAUCCUAACAUCCCCUACAACGACUGCUUGACGUUCCUUUUCUUCUGCUACACCUGCCUCUGUAUGCAGUCGUUCAACCUGGUGGCUCUCGCUUACGACAGACUCAUCGCUAUUAUUUUUCCGCUGCACUAUCAAGUGAAAGUGACUCAGAAUUUCAUGCUGUAUUUGAUCGCUGCUUUCUGGGCUUUUGCGAUAAUUGCCGUUCUCAUCGCUGUUGGCCUCAUUACGAGACUUUCUAUCUGUGCGCCUGCGUUUGUUAACAGCUAUUUCUGUGACCAUGGCCAGAUAUACCGACUGUCUUGCAAUGACCAUUAUCCCAAUUAUGUCCUCAGUUGUUUGUACCCUGUUCUUUUCUUCUGGAUUCCACUUGCUUUUAUCUUGUUAAGCUAUCUGUAUAUUGGCUGCACUUUGGCGAAAGUGGCGACGGUUCAUGAAGGACUCAAAGCCUUUAAGACCUGUAUCGGUCACCUUUUACUGGUAGCUAUCUAUUUCAUCCCAUUGUUAGUCACAUUUACACUGAUGGAAAAAAUACACCCUAAUGCCAGGAUUAUUAACCUGUCUCUGACCUCUGUGUUUCCUCCCAUGUUAAACCCCAUUGUUUACGUUCUGCAGACGCAAGAAAUCAAAGUAUCUUUGAAAAAGCUGCUAAACAUCAGAGGGAAAUCCAACAAAAUAAUUACAAUGUGACCAUUUGUUCAUGCACUGUGACAAAUAAAUAAACACAUGGUCAUGAAAUCACGCAGAUAAAUAGCACCAUGAUAUUAGUUUCUACGAGAUCUAUCUCUGUGAAUUGUGAAUACUGUUUUAUUGAUAAAUAUUUGACGUUUCCACAUUUUAUGUUUUUACUUUCUACAUCUAAAUCAGUGUGUUCUAUGACGUACAAUUAACCGGUAAAAUAUGGUAAAAUAGCAAUUAUGUGCAGUCAUUUAGCAGCUAUAAUGUUUUACUAUAUGUGUUAGCGUGCUUACAUUUUGCUUAUUACCACGCUAAGUGUGACUGGAAGUCUUUUUAAUCUCAUGGUGGAGCUUUAAUGAAAAGUCAGGGGGUUGAAGCGCCGUGCUCAGCCUCAUAGUGUGGAUACUUGUGUGGUGUCAAGUUCAUUUUCCAUGUCAUCAAACCUAAA